AUGACGUCAGUCAACACCGGCAAGUAUCGUUCAGAAAAAUCAGAAAAAAAGAAAACCUGGGAACCAGGAGCCGAGGGUCCUCGAGAAAACGCAGCAGACAAAGUUCGCCUGAGGCAAGCGAGUGAGAAAAUCCACAUCGACAACCUCUACGGGUUCCACCGAGUCAGCGACAACCGAGAUCGCGUGGGCUAUUUAAUAAACAUGCAUGUCACCGAAAUCGUCGAGGAAGACAAAAGACUGACCAGCGGCGUGGACUACUACUUCCUCGAGGAAGAUUGUACGCGCUUCAAAUCUUUAAAAAGAUUAAAGUACAAAUGA